CGCCUCAGCCUGGCGGGGAGGAGGAGCAGCAGGCCUCCGGGCCCCGGCGCCGCCGCCCCCAGGUGAACAGAUCACACAGCUAGAAGUGAAAUCUGUACCCAGAUAGAAUUCCAAGGAAAUUUCUGAUUCAUUUGCAUCCUUGAAGAGCAUCUGUAGAAGAGGAAGGAAAAGAUGGGUGUGAAAACAUUUACUCAUAGCUCCUCUUCCCACAGCCAGGAAAUGCUUGGAAAGCUAAAUAUGCUGCGAAAUGAUGGACAUUUUUGUGAUAUCACUAUCCGUGUCCAGGACAAAAUCUUCCGGGCACAUAAGGUGGUACUAGCAGCUUGCAGUGAUUUCUUUCGCACCAAACUUGUAGGCCAAGCAGAGGAUGAGAACAAGAAUGUGUUGGAUUUGCACCAUGUUACAGUGACUGGCUUCAUACCCCUUUUAGAGUAUGCUUACACGGCCACUCUGUCAAUCAACACAGAGAAUAUCAUUGAUGUUCUCGCUGCAGCCAGCUACAUGCAGAUGUUCAGUGUUGCCAGCACCUGCUCAGAGUUCAUGAAGUCCAGCAUUUUAUGGAAUACACCCAACAGCCAACCAGAAAAGAGUCUAGAUGCUGGACAAGAGAAUAACUCUAACUGCAAUUUUACUUCUCGAGAUGGAAGUAUUUCCCCUGUGUCUUCAGAGUGCAGUGUGGUAGAAAGAACGAUUCCUGUCUGCCGAGAAUCCCGGAGAAAGCGCAAAAGCUACAUUGUUAUGUCUCCUGAAAGUCCCGUAAAAUGUAGCACGCAAACAAGUUCUCCCCAGGUAUUGAAUUCUUCAGCUUCCUACUCAGAAAAUAGAAAUCAACCAGUUGACUCUUCUUUAGCUUUUCCCUGGACAUUUCCUUUUGGAAUUGAUCGAAGGAUUCAGCCUGAUAAGGUUAAGCAGGCAGAAAAUACCCGGACUUUAGAACUACCUGGCCCAUCUGAGACAGGUAGAAGAAUGGCCGAUUAUGUGACUUGUGAGAGCACAAAAACUACCUUGCCUCUGGGUACUGAAGAAGAUGUCCGGGUCAAGGUAGAAAGGUUAAGUGAUGAGGAGGUCCAUGAGGAAGUGUCUCAGCCCGUCAGUGUGUCUCAGAGUUCACUGAGUGACCAGCAGACAGUGCCAGGAAGUGAACAAGUCCAAGAAGACCUUCUCAUUAGUCCACAGUCUUCCUCUAUAGGCUCAGUAGAUGAAGGCGUCACUGAAGGGUUACCCACACUUCAAAGCACUUCUAGCACUAAUGCUCAUGCAGAUGAUGAUGAUCGAUUGGAAAAUGUUCAGUAUCCCUACCAACUCUACAUUGCUCCUUCUACCAGCAGUACAGAACGACCAAGUCCAAAUGGUCCAGAUAGACCUUUUCAGUGUCCAACUUGUGGGGUACGAUUCACCCGUAUUCAGAACCUAAAACAGCACAUGCUUAUCCACUCAGGAAUUAAACCAUUUCAGUGUGACCGCUGUGGGAAAAAGUUCACCAGGGCUUACUCGCUUAAGAUGCAUCGCCUAAAGCAUGAAGGUAAACGCUGUUUCCGGUGCCAGAUAUGUAGUGCCACUUUCACUUCCUUCGGGGAAUAUAAACACCACAUGAGGGUUUCCCGGCACAUUAUCCGCAAGCCUCGGAUUUACGAGUGCAAAACAUGUGGCGCCAUGUUCACCAACUCUGGAAAUUUAAUCGUGCACCUGAGGAGUCUGAACCAUGAAGCGUCAGAGCUAGCAAACUACUUCCAGAGCAGUGAUUUCCUAGUACCGGACUACUUAAACCAGGAGCAAGAAGAGACCCUUGUUCAGUAUGACCUUGGAGAACACAGUUUUGAAAGCAACUCCUCUGUUCAAAUGCCUGUAAUUUCACAGGUCUCCUCGACCCAGAAUUGUGAAAGCACUUUCCCCUUGGGGUCUCUUGGUGGGCUGGCAGAAAAAGAGGAAGAAAUGCCAGAGCAGCCAAAGGCCAGUGCUUGUACUGAGGCAACCAGAGAUGACCCCCCAAAAUCAGAGCUGUCUUCUAUAACCAUUGAGUAAUUUCAUGGUUUGGCUUCAUUUUUGGUUUUUGGAAAGUGCCUGUGCUUGGUCUUGUACAUUUAAAUUUAACUUAAUUUUUUAAACGAAGAAUGUGGGAAAGAAUUUCUCUUUUUACUUUGUAAGCCCCGCAAUUGAUGUCUUAUUUUUCAUGACUGAGAGAUCGCUUCUGUAAGUGCACAGUAAUAUGAUGUUGAAACAAAAUCGAAACUAUGAGACUUAAGGAGAGCUAGUUAAGGCAUAUAUAAGUUUCUUCUUCCAUUGUUAAAACUAGGCUAACGAGAACAUUAGAUAAAGAAGAAUUCAGAUGAUUGUUGACCUUCCUGAGAGGAAAGGUUACACCAGAAGCAAAUUACUGAACAGAAUUUGACAGGUAGCCUGAAUAGAUGUUUACUCCUAUACACAGGACAUUGUACAAUAUUUUGUAAAGCCUGUUGGUUUUGGAAAUAUUUACAGUAAGACUUCUUAAAAAUAAUUAGGGUAAAUACUUCUGAAAUCCAGUGUAGUCUUUUUUUUUUUUUUUUUUUAAGCUUUGUCAUUUCUCUUUUCAUGGUGAAAAUUUGGUGUUGGGAUAGGCAUUCCCUGAACUUUUUUAGUACUACUCCAAAUCUUUCUUUUUUCUGUGAAAGAAGGCAAAGAGAACCAUGAUUGAGAAUAGUCAGGCUGUGCAUGAAGUGACCAGGAGUGGAAAAUGAAGUACAUGAAUCUCAGCUUUAUAGGAACUCUUUUAAUACUGCUUUUCUGACUAAAAUUGUUGUUUACCUGGUCUUUGAAUGUUAAUACCUGGCUAAUUAGUCAUUGCCUAAAUCAUUUUUUCCUCUUGCCCCAUGAACAGUACUUCCUCUUGCAUAUACUGGCAUGAUAUCAUAUAAAGGAAAAAUACUUGGAGAUACUCUAUAUUUUAUAUAUAGGUUUAUGUAAUCUUGGAGAUGUUUCUAUUGUGCUGAUUUGGACAAAAUAAAAGAAUUCUCUGUUAAGGCUAUGUUCUUAACCCAACUAAGAUUGUUUACAAAGUUCCAUAUGUCAGUGAUAUUUUGUUUUUGUUCCAAAAUAUUUUUAGACAUUGCCAAGUUUAUUAAAAGGGUUAGUGUAGUUUUUACACAAUGUAAGCAAUAAUGUAAAAGAUAGGCUUUAGAUUAAUGAUCUAUGAUUCAUAAAUCUAGGGGAAAAAAAGAAUCGUUAAGACUAAAGGAAAACUAAAAACCUUAAAUUAAUAUCACUUCUUUUGCUGCUAAAAAAAAAAAAGAAAGAAAGAAAAGAAACUUCCUGGUUUAUAGUUGAAAUUUAUGUGAUAUCCUAGACUGAAGUAUAUAUACUUUUCAUCUGCUGCCAUUAAAGCAUCACUGACCUUGAUCCUAGAUAGUCAUGACUCCAUGAACAAUGAACUUCUGAGUAACUUUUUUUCUAUGUAUAGACCCAAAGUUUAAUAAUUAUGAAAACACCUGAUUAAAUUAGAAAAAGAAACUAAAUACAGUCUCUUACUCAAAACACAAGAUUUUAAUUUUGUCUGGGUGCUAGACCUGAAUAAUAAAAUUCAUUUUAAGUUAUAGUGAUUUUAUUGUUUCAUUUUUUUUAAUUGGCUAAUUUUAUGAUUGAUUUUCCUCCCACAAAUGUAAAGGAAGGGAAAGUAAAUACAUUGAAGAUUUUUUUGAGGCAACAUUCUUUUUCCAGAUCCUGCUUUCUUUAACUUGUUUCCAACUCCUUAUCUCUGUCUUGAACCUGCUUUCCCCCUUUACUGCCAAACAGGUAUAUUACCUUUAGGAGGAUCAGCAUACACAGGUUAUGUGAUGGGCUUCCACCAAUUUUGCUUUUUACUAAUAGGGGUAAAUUACUUUUUGCAACAGACUGGGUUACUUAAUUAGUAACAGUACUGCUGUGUCUCAACUAGAAAGGUUAGGAAUUUUUAUUUUUAAUGUCCUACAUAUUCUUUUUUUUUUUUUCUUUUUUUUUGUCCUACAUAUUCUUGAAAAUUGUCAUGACUACCAAUGGAUUAACCUUGGAGUUAUUGGCAAAAAAAAGAAUAGGUAAAAUUAUGACCAGGAAUCAUUGUUGCCUUCAGUUUUAAGAUUUUUUUUUUAAGGAAUUUAAAAAAAAGGAAGGUUAAGAAAAGAAAACUGGGGAUUUGUAUGGUUGAAAGUGUUUAAGCACAUCCCCUGUGCUGAGAACUCUACUUUAAGAGAGCCCACAAUUUUGGCAGCUCUAAAGUAGCCUGUGUUCUCAGAAUGUAGGAUUACCACCACUGUCUAUUCUUUCCCAAAUGGACACUUUAAAUUUUCAUCGGUAAUUACAAAUUGCACAGAUUUCCAAGUUUAAUGAAAAAUUUGAAUAUACUAUGAAAAUGUAUACUUGAUGUGUUUAUUCCCCAAAUCUUAGCAAUACAGGUAGCUAACAAAUCUUUAACAUAAAAUGAUAUAGCAAAGGCUUUUUUUCCUUUCAUUGAGGCUCUACAUUUUUCUUGAUAUACAAUUUAAGGGUUUUUAGCUUUUGGAUCUGUUUUAGGAAAUUAAGCUGCAAGGGAUAAUUGUAUAUAGUGUUAUUUAGUUUAUUUAAAAUUCAUCAAAGAGAGGGAUACCUGAAUGUGUAAGUUUUACCAGAGUAUAUGGAUACAUUGCAAAGAGAUGAAAGCCAGUUAUAUUAUCCCAUCCAUUAGAAAUUUCCAGUGAAAAAAUUCCAGUUUAGAGUACUUAAGUAUAUCUGUCUUUCUUAAGGCCCAAGAGGGUAACUUUGUGAUCUUUUAAAGGGCUUAAAUGUUAGGAAGUGGGAUAAAUUGCCUUUUUAAAACCAAGUAUUUUAUACAAGAAAAGCAUUUAUUUUCCAUUUCUAUGCUACCAAAUAGGUGUGAUACACUUUAGGAAGGAGUUAAAGAUGUUCGCUGUGAUACUGGAUGUUACAGCUCCUGCAGUCAUUCUUUCCAUUUUUAGGGGUGUAUUUAAACAGUGGAAGCGUCUAGCAUGACAGUGAUUGUAGUAAUUCAGAAAUAAAGGGAUUAAUAUUGGAGGGUUUUUUUUUUUAUUGGAGGGUUUUUUAUUUCAAUUUUUAUAAACGGAUACAGAUGGAUUAUCAACAAAUAUAUUUAAAUGGAUUUCUCUUAUUUGGAAUUUCUUUUUUUUUUUUUUUUCCUUAUUUGGAAUUUCAAGUCCUCUUCCUAAUUUGUAUUUCACGUAAUUAGUUGCACAGUUAGUACAUUGCUGGUUUUUAAAAUUCCCAAUUUCAGUGAGACAAAGUGUGCUAAGAUGUUUAAAUAGCCUCAUUCCAUCUUAUAUUUUAACCUUUCAACAACCAUUCAGGGUUUCAACAACCAUUCAGGGUUAGGUAAUUAGGUUCCAUGUAUGACACAUGCCCUUUGUUUUAAAAAACAGAAAAACUUGUGUUUUGUUAAAGUAUUAAAUCAGAUGGAAUGGACUGGUCAGCAUGUUUAAUGCAGUAUCAUUGGUAACUCUUGUUACCUUCUAACUACUGAGCCAGACUCUCCCAUUGUGUAAAUGAUUCCCUGGGAAACUUUAGAAGUUGUAUUUAACUCUUUCAGUCUUUUAUUUGAUCACUCACUAUUUUAUUUUUGUAAUCAAUCUAAAUAGAGGCCAGUUAUCUUAUUUAGUGGCUUCUAUUUUGAAUAUUCUCAGAUCAGUCUUAGUCUCUUAGCUUUGUAGUCCCUGAAAAAUACAUUACUGUAUAAGGUAAUGACAAUGGAGAGAAUUAUUGUUAUUGCUUGAUGAAUGAGCAGUCCUAAACUUUUAAUACCUUAAAUGAAAGGAGUUUGAGAUUUGAUGACGAAGAGAAUUAGAAACUUUCAUGUGGCACUGACUCUGUUUUCACUCAUCUGCAAAAUGUGAAAUAAUAACUGAAAUAUACAUCCAAGUGAGGGAGAAUAGUUUUCUAGGUACUAACGGGAGGGUGGGGGGGGACUAGUAAAGUUUGCGUUUGCAAGUGACCCAAAGUUGCUAAAAGGUAAAAAAUGUGAUUUUCACUCUAAGUUAUUGACAUAAAAUACUUUAUUUAUAAUAUAUUCAGAUUUUAAAAGUAACAGAGAAGAAUGUAUAGAAACUAGAUUUUCUUUUCUAAAGCAGUGGAACAAAAUUGGGGAGUGCUAUUAUAGUAAAUGCAUCUAUGAGGAAUAUUUAUAGCUAAGCAUACUCCUUUAGCUUUAAGCUAAAAUGGUCAAAAUUUAUAUUUUAUUUUGCCUUAUACCCACUUUUUUAGUGUCCUUUUGCUUGACAAAAUGUGGUGAGAUAGGGUAUUUUUACUUGGAAAGUCCACAGCAAGACGAAUUUACCAAAAGCAAUCAUAGUUCAGAUUAAACAAUGAAGUAGAAUUGAACCAAUUUCCAGGUUCAACUAAGGAACACUCUGUGGAUAUUUUGUUUUUAGAUUACUAAUGUGUUGAUUAUUAAUGGGAGAAUUAAGCUUAUAUCAGAUUAUGAAACGUAGACGCUUAGUGACAUCAUAGCUAUACUUUUUUUUACCUCAUGCUAAAUUCUAAUACAUUUAGAUAUUUCUACUACAUUGUAGUGAUUAUAUUUUUAUGAUAGAAAAAAAUAGUUCCAGGUCUUUACAUAUAGUCUCUGCAGAGAUGUCAGGCGAUGUUACUGGAAUCUCAAUUUGGCGGUAUCAAAAUAUGAAACUGCCUUAAAGUGCUCAUGCUACUUUAAGCUUCCUCUGUGCAGGCCCCAUGUCAGUUACAACUAAUACCAAGGUUCCUAAGUACAUUAUAGUUUACAAAGAAUUUAAAAGUUGAGACCAUUGACUGACAGCAAAAAAUUUUUUCUAAAAAUUUUUUUAACUUAAAAAUUUUAAAUUUCAGUUUGAAGUGCCUGGUUUAUAAAAUCUAAUUCUUUGGUUAUUGCCUUUCUCUUUUAAAUUGACUAAUUUUGCUGAUUAAGCUUAAGACCCUGGGUUCCGUUGUGAUGAUUUAUUGAUAAAAUUCGCUGCUUGAUGGUUUGAGGGGCUAAUGUCAUGACUCUUAUUAAAUUAUCCUUGUUUUCUCAAAUGCUGGUCUAACUAUAUCCAGACUUCAUAAUCCAAUUAAACAACCUAAAAAAAUCAUCCUGUAAUUGAAUGUUCAGGUUACCAAAGUACAUCACCUUCUAAAGAAGGAUAAAUCUUCCCUGUUUUAAGAAGAGCCAGUCAUCUCCCCUUAACACACGUUUCCGUUGGCAUCAGUGGAAGCUGUGUUCAUUUAAAGGUGGGAAGCCUUUCGUGCAGUUCUAGAAACAGCUAUUUUCUAAAGAGAACCUUUUCUGUGAUUAGGUUAUAAAUGUGUUUUCUCUAAAAGCUUUGUUUUAUUUCAGUUAUCAAUUUAAUUUUCAAGUUGGUAGAUGCAAUGUAAAGUCUCUCAUACUGAGAGUAGUCAUUAAAUUAUUGAAAGUUGCACUGCUUUUCAUCUUUCAGGUGCCUGAAAUGAAUGCCACCAGGUAUUUGGAAGGAUUAAGAACGUGAACUAUUCGUUUUCUUCCUUCUACAAAGUGAUGGCUUCUAAUGCUAUAUUUCAAGAUAUUUAAAAAGAAAAAAAAAAACUGUCCCUAAUAGAAUAAGGUUUGGUUUUGAUCCAAGUACCAAUAAUAUAUUUGAUUUUUCUGUUAUUGCUGGUGCCUCCUGUUGCAUCAGAUAGAGAUUGCCUGCCUCUUUGUAGGGCACCCUUGUGGCACCUUAUGUCCAAUUGGAAGAUAGUAUAUGGCUUCUUUGUGCCUCUACUGUCUUUUCAAAAGCCAUUUUAUAAAAACCCUAGGUAGCCUAUUUUAAUAUUUAAAUAUAUAUAUUUGUGAGAUACUUUUAGAACAGACUUUUUUUUUUACUUUGAAAUUCCUGUAUUCUCAUUUUUAAGAGUAUAUUAAGAUUUUCCAGGAUUAGGAUUUGUCUUUUUCCACAGCAGCAUAAUGAGAAAGUCAGAUUGAAAUUGAAAUUGACCAUACUUCAGUGAUAGAAGAAAUUGAUGGCUUAGUUAUAGGAGACAGAUAAAAAAUUGUGUUAAUGUCACAGAAAUGAAUCUUUAAAUAAAAUUGUGAUUUUGUUUCUGUAUUUUCAUAUUUGCUGCUACAGUAGCUCAAUAUUUUACAGAGCUAACAUACGAAUAUGACUCCAUUUAAAAACUGGAGUACUUUCUAGUACAACCAGCCUGGAAGGAAACUGUACACCACAGUUUUCCAGAUGGGUGACUGACUGCUUUGUUUAGCCGAUGCAUGCUCAAUAUUUUCCUGUAGGCCAACAUCAAGGAAGUCUGGGGGAAAGUUUUUUACCUUCUGCAGCAUUAUGAUUCUUUUUGGGCCUGGCAUUUUGUGAAACCCUUGGGGGAGGGUAAAGCCGGAGCAGAAAUGUGAAUUAAAGUAUGUAGGUGGGUGUUUUCAUGUCUUCUCCCCUCUCCUAGAACCAGUACAACUCUCUUAACUGUGCCAGUCCCCAGUUCACCAGCUUUGUAUCCAGUCGUCAUCUCAUUUAAAUAUGGCUUUACUUGGUGACAGUGGCCAUAGCUAAGUUACUUGGCAUGUUUGACUUUCAACAAUAAUGAAAACGGUUUUGGGAUUUUGUUUUCUUUCCUAAAAAUGUAUACAAUGUCAGAACUUCACAUUUUAUAUACUAGUAUCUGGCUAUUAGUAUUUUACAGGAACCAUAGUUCUUGGUGACUUCAUAUAUAUAUAUACAUAUAUAUAUAUAUUUUUGUGACUUUUUUGUAAACUAAGUGCCGUUUCAACGUUACAAUCAUUUUUAGAGUUAUUGUAAUCAAUGUGAAUAUCAUGUUUUUUCAAAUCUGUUCUGAGCCUAUAGUGUUUGCUUUGUGAACAUAUGUGUAUUGUAUAUAUUCUGUAUAGUUACAUUGUACUGAAAUAUUAGCUUGUUUGAUAUAAGGAAAGUAUGUAUUGAGUACCUUUUUGCUAGCCUGGUUGUUUAAUCUUUUUUAAAAAGGUUUAAACUUUUUAAAAAAAAAUCUUUAAACUGGCCUUUAUUACAUGGUCACAAAGUUGCAGUUAGAAGGGAUGGGCAGGGAAAAACUAGUUUUGAGUGUCUUUGAAUAGAAACAUAAGACUAAGAUUUUUUUUUUCCUCAUUAAAAUAUCUUAUUAAUGCUUUA